AUGUUAUAAUAGAAGUUAGAUAUUGAAAAAGUUUCUGAUAUUAGACAUAUUUUGAAAAUGGUUUAUUCUAAUUUAAAAAUAUACAAAGGAUUAAAAAUGAUUCUUAAAUUGCACCAAAGAAAAUUGAUAUCGAUUUAGACAUAAUUAGAAGGAGUGUUUUAAAAUUCAAGUUUAGAAGUUGAAAGGUAAUUUUCAAAUUAAAUUGAUAUUUACAAAUAUAUUCAUUUAAAAAUAAUGGAUAGGAAAAAGUAGUUGUAGAUGUUAUUUAAAAAACAUCAAAAUGGCGAAUUCACAAAAGAUGUAUAAACAGAUUUCUAUAAUAUAACAAAUUAAAUUAAUAAAGAAAAAAAUGAUAUAAACAACAAUGAUUGGUUAGAGCAUAUCAAAUUUGAUUAUAUACUAUUAUUAUCCAAUAUCCAAAUGAAAUUAGAAAUGAUGGGUUUGGUUUAGUAAAAUAACAUUGUUAUCUAAAAAGAAAUUAUAACAUUAUUAGACGGUAAACUUUAGGAAAUAAAUUAAGUUAAUAAAACUAAAGAAAUAUUAUAAAAAGACUAGGAUCAAGUAUAAUUAAACUAAGAAAAAUAACUGAAAUUGCAAAUGAAAGAUUUAUAUGAUUGUGAAAGUUCAUUUUAAAUGAUAGAAAACUUAAUAAAUACUUCUAAUAAGUUAAAAAGAAUAUUUUAGUCACAUCUUCUUGAUACAACUUCUCAAUAAUCAUAAAUAAAUUAAUAAUUAUUAAAUAAUUUAAAGAAUACCUUUACAGCAAAUUUAAAUCAAACAUUUAUUGAUUUGUUGCAAUAAACUUUAAAAUGUUGUUCAAAAAUUAAUAAAAAUGAAUAAAUUAUUUUGGAUGUAGAAUUUAUAAUAAAGCUUCAAAAUUAAGCUAAUAUAGAAUAUAUACCUGCCAUUACACAAAUAUAUAACUUUAAUACUCUCAUAAUUGAAGAUAAGGUAAUAUAAAAUUCAGAAAUCAAGGUUAAUAAAAUAUAGAAUAUGAUUAUGUAAUUUAAAAAUGAAAUGAAGACUAAUUACAAAGAAGGAUUUUUUGAUAUUUUUUAAAAUUCUUCGUAUAAAGUUAGGGAAUUACUAGUAUUCAACUUAAUAAAGUUAUAAUCAAUAGUUUAAGAAUAAACAAUCUCAGAAUUUUGUGAAAAUUUAUUAAAACAAAUUUGGAUAAUUGAAAAACAUCCAAGUGUAAGAAAUCUACUUAAAAAUGAAGAAAUGAUAAUGAUGCAGAAGAAGUUGUUCUCAAAAGAUUUACAAAAUUUUUCACUUAGAUUAAAAACAGAAAUGCAAGCAAAAUUAAAAUAAAUAUCACAAAUUGAAACCUAACUAUUGCUUAGUGAAAAUUAAGAUGAAAUGAAACUAUUACUCUAACAAGCAUAUGAUAAUUUUGAAAUAUAUUUAGAUAAUAUUACUGAUAUGUCACAAAGAUUAGAUAUUAGUUUGAUAUUUUUAAGAGAAAUUAGUAAAGAUUUGAAAAAUAUUAAGUCUUCUAUAGAUUAGGUGCUAACUAGUGUAAAAAAUGUUUAAGAUGAUGUAAGAAGAUUAAGAGGAAAGAAUUUUUAGGAAUUAUUAUACCUAAGAAAGUAGAAGAUAUUAAUUUAACAGCACGAGAAUUAAUUAGAUUAAGUUCAUAUAUAGAUUACAACUUAGGAAUAUGAUCCUAUCUCUGGAAAUAAGAAAGCUAAUAGCACUGGGUAAUUCAUCACAUUUUUAAUAGCAAAUUAAUAUGAUAAUUUUGAUGGAGAAGUAAAUGAAUUCUUAUGGAGUGAUUAUGAAAAGAAUAAGGAUAUUAUGUUAAUAAAAGGCAAAGCAGGCUCAGGUAAAAGUAGAGCAUCUCGUAAUAUAGAAGAAUUAAUAUGGAAUUGUGAUAAAUUUUCACCUAAUUGGAUUCCAAUUUAUGUAUCACUUCCUUCAUUAAUAGACCCUAAUCAUAAUAUUAUUGAUCAAGCUCUUGAAUCUGAAAAUUACAAUUUUGACAAAAUUUAGGUGAGAGAAUUCAAAGAGGCUAUAAUAAAUGGAAAUCUUAAAAUAGUAUUAAUUUUGGAAAGCUACGAUGAGAUGAAAUUUAAUUUUAUAGGAACAAACCUUUACUAAACUAAUAGACUGGCUUAAGAUCUCAAUAUCAAAGCAUCAGGAUUAAAUGUUAAAAUUAUUAUUACAACAAGAGAUGAAAUAUUAAAUUCAAUUGGAUAUUAAACAUGGUUUUAUGGUUAGAGUAUUGAUACUCUAAAAGAAGUAGAAAUAUUACCAUUUAGUAGGGAAUAAAGUUCAUAGUAUAUUAAAUUAUAUGUUUAAAUAAGCAUUAAGAGAACAAUUAAAAAAUUUUAUGAGUUUCUUAAAUAAUUAAAAAGCUAGAACUUUUAAUUGGAUGAAUUCAGAUUGAUAUGGACUCAAUUAGAAAAUAUAAUUAAUUCUAUUAUUUAAUAAUAAAAAAAUUCUGAAGUGUUAUUUUCAAAUUAGGAUGCAGAAUAACUCAUAUAGAAAAUUUAAACAGUGGAAUUUUUUAGUUUUAUCAAUUCAAAUUAAAUGGUUUUUUUAAAAAAGGAAUUGCUUUAAUUAUGGGGAGAAUAAAUGUUUGCGAAAGUUAUUUAGANGAAUUUUGUGAAAAUUUAUUAAAACAAAUUUGGAUAAUUGAAAAACAUCCAAGUGUAAGAAAUCUACUUAAAAAUGAAGAAAUGA